CGAUUCAACAAGCUUCACCAUUUACAUCUCUCGUUGAAUCGUGGGUGUAUUGUUUGAGGUGUACAAAAUGGCCACCUUUGCCCGAUCGAUCGGUCCUUUCCUGCGGACCACCGGUCUCGCAUUGCGACAGGGCAAUGCUGCCAGCCCUGUCCAGCAGGCCCUCCGCAAGGGUCAGAAUGCCGGCCAGAUGGUCAACGCCUGCAGAGGCAUGGCUGUUGCCUUCGAAAGAACCAAGCCUCACGUCAACAUUGGUACCAUUGGUCACGUCGACCACGGAAAGACCACUUUGACUGCUGCUAUUACCAAGCGUCAGGCUGAGAAGGGUUACGCAAACUACUUGGAGUAUGCUGCCAUCGACAAGGCUCCUGAGGAGCGGAAGCGUGGUAUCACUAUCUCCACUGCCCACAUUGAGUAUCAGACCGACAACCGCCACUACUCUCACGUCGACUGCCCUGGUCACGCCGAUUACAUCAAGAACAUGAUUACUGGUGCUGCUAACAUGGACGGUGCUAUCAUUGUCGUUGCUGCUUCUGAUGGUCAAAUGCCCCAAACGAGAGAGCACCUUCUGCUCGCCCGUCAGGUCGGUGUCCAGAAAAUCGUCGUCUUCGUGAACAAGGUCGAUGCCGUUGAGGACCCGGAAAUGCUUGAACUUGUCGAAAUGGAAAUGCGCGAACUUCUUUCUUCCUACGGAUUCGAGGGUGACGAGACCCCCAUUAUCAUGGGCUCUGCUCUCUGUGCCAUGGAGAACCGCGAGCCUGAGAUUGGUGUUGAGCGGAUCGACUCUCUCCUUGAGGCCGUUGACACCUGGAUCCCCACUCCUGAGCGUGACCUCGACAAGCCCUUCCUCAUGUCUGUUGAGGACGUCUUCUCCAUUCCCGGCCGUGGUACCGUCGCUUCUGGCCGUGUCGAGCGUGGUGUCCUGAAGAAGGACUCCGAGGUUGAGCUUGUCGGAAAGAGCGAGGCCCCUAUCAAGACCAAGGUUACCGAUAUUGAGACUUUCAAGAAGUCUUGCGAUGAGUCCCGCGCCGGUGACAACUCUGGUCUGCUCCUCCGUGGUGUCCGCCGUGAGGAUGUUCGCCGUGGUAUGGUUAUUGCCAAGCCCGGCUCCACCAAGGCCCAUAAGAAGUUCCUCGUCUCCAUGUACGUCCUCACCAAGGAGGAAGGUGGCCGUCACACUGGUUUCCACCAGAACUACCGUCCCCAGAUCUUCAUCCGUACUGCUGAUGAGGCCGCUGCUCUCAACUGGCCUGAGGGUACCGAGCACCCCGAGGCCAAGAUGGUCAUGCCCGGUGACAACGUCGAGAUGGUUUGCGACAUCUACAACCCCAUUGCCGUUGAGCAGGGUCAGCGCUUCAACAUCCGUGAGGGUGGCCGUACCGUUGCUACUGGCAUCAUCACCCGCAUCAUUGAGUAAACAUCAAGAUAUGGGAACUUUGUCGCAUUUUGCUUAGGAUACGGGAGUGGGACGUUUGGUCAUGGGAGCGAGGUUUGAAGGCGUAAAUAUCUUCUUUCCUCGUCCAGGUCGGAGGUCGAACAUAAUUUUUUUCCAGACAAGACCUCCAUAGACAUGUUAAAAAUUUAUAGGGAACCACCCCUCUCUUCUCUUACAUGUUUUCUAGAUUGUAUUAUAAAUAGCAUGGUCCCUUGACAACAUUUGCAG